UUAAAGAAAAAAAAUCUAAUUCUCAAAAAAACCUGGUUGUUUUUCCAAAAGAUGAUUGAGAGCAUCAAGAAGAUCAAGAAGAAGACUAAGGGCUGGCUGGCUGGCCAAAGAGUUGGAGGGGGAGAGAGAGAGCGCGCGCUCAUGAUCCAUGAAUAUAAUUAAAGGCUUUUAAUCAUGAGACAACCAUGCAUGGCUUCUUUCCAUGAGAGCUCUUUCAUGAUCUCCUCAGAAAUCGAACCCUAUUCCUACUUUUGAUUUGUUCUUGAAUCUCUUCCAAGAAUUCCCCAGCCGCGGCAGCUGAAGGAGCUAGGAGAACCAGAGAGAGAGAGAGAGAGAGAGAGAGAGAGGGAAAGGAGCAAAGAGAAGUAGCAAGAAGGGAAUGUUCCCCGCAGCUUCCAGGAAGCCUCCGUCCACCCCUAUGAAUUCCUCUUCGCACGAGAGGGCUCCCAUGUGCGUCCAAGGCGACUCCGGCCUCGUCCUCACCACCGACCCCAAGCCGCGCCUCCGGUGGACGGCUGAGCUCCACGACCGCUUCGUCGACGCCGUCAACCAGCUCGGCGGCCCAGACAAGGCCACGCCCAAGACGAUCAUGAGGGUGAUGGGUGUCAAAGGUCUCACUCUCUAUCAUCUCAAGAGCCACCUUCAGAAAUUCAGGCUUGGCAAGCAACCACACAGAGAAUUCAACGAUCAUUAUUCAUUCAAGGAAGCAGCAAUGGAUCUGCAAAGAAAUACUGCCUCUUCAUCCCGAAUAAUGGGUCGAUCCAUGAAUGAGGUUUUGCAUGGCACAGAAGCUCACAGGAUGCAGCUGGAAGUCCAUAGGAGAUUUCAUGAACAAUUAGAGGUUCAGAAACAUCUACAGAUCAGGAUCGAAGCCCAAGGAAAGUACAUGCAAAGCAUACUGGAGAAAGCGUAUCAAACGCUUGCAGCAGGUCAAGGCACGGAAGCGGCAGGGGAGCAACUAGGGUUCGUCCACGACAUGGCAGACCUGCAACUUUUUGGUGGUACCGGAGACCUGCAGCUCGAUAACUCGCACCAACUGCACUUGGGAAGCAUUCACCAUCUACAGCCUCCUGAUCAUGGUCUGUACCUGACUGCUAGCCCUGCCCUAAUUGGCAAGAAGAUGAUCAUGGCCGGCGAGAAGAGCCCGUUCAUUUGGGACGAUGAGGCCGAGGACGACGACGACAGCCAGCUUCACAACAUUGGCAUUGAUGUUGCACCGGGAGUGAUCGACGGCGGCUACGAGGCAAAGCCAACGAUCCCAAAUGCCGACGACGACAAGUUAGUGCUCGAGGGAACGGCGAAGAUGGAUAGACCAUCGCCAUUGCGAGUGCUUAAUCAUCCUCUUUCCGUGGAAGCCAUCAACGGCAUGUUAAUUAAUAAUAGGAGGUAAUUAACUUUGUCCAGAGAUAUAGUGAUUCCUAAAUAUCAUUACAAUUUCUGAUCUUAAUUAAAUAUCGUACAAGGACAUUAUAUUAAUUAAUUCGGUGUUAUGUUAAUUUCUUUUGAGAGCAAGAGUUUUAAGAGGAUGUAUGAGUAGAAGCAAGCUUAAUUAGCUUCCAGUACUGUAACAUAUAUGAAUGUAUAUUUGCUUCACUUCA